UCAGCAGCUGCAGACGUCCUCUGUCCCGAGUCCCAUCUUGUCCGUCAUGAAGAGCAAAGUGUGCUUGGUGAUCUGGGCAUGUGUGUGUUGCGUCACACCAGCCUCCUGCUGGCACGACCUCGACAACAGCGAAUACGACUGUUGGCCUCUGGACCAACCCAAUGAGUCCAACAUGAUCAGCUGCGGAGGUCUGGAAAUGGCGUGGGUGCUGCGGCCUCCGGAGGCGGUGAAGAGCGGCCAGGUGUUCAACGUCAUCUACUCAGUCUCCGCCCACGACUCCUUCUACAACUGGGCCGCCGACAACCGCAUUUUCCCUCACAGCUCCAUCAGCAACGCCGACGACGCUCGGUGGUUCUGUGAAUAUCACGAGUGUCCCGCGAACUGGAAAGAUGCCGACGGUGAAAACUGCUGCAUUCAUCACGCCAACAUCCACUCCUGCCCGCUGGGACACAUGACGUCAGAGAGCAUCUGCGGUCCGUGGAUUCCUGACGACGGGAAGAUCUUCACACACACCAUCUCCACAUCGGGCAAGAUGACGCAGACCAACUGGAGCGCCAAGGUGGUUCUGCUCCACGCGGGCCUGACUUCACUCAUCGCUCACAUCCGAGUAGGUCGCAUGCAGGUGGCGUUGGAGGCCAAGAGCACGGUGUUGCCUUCUGCAGUCUGUGGCGAUGGAGACUGUCAGGAAGAAGAGCUCUGCUCCACCUGUCCUGCCGAUUGCGGCCAAUGUCCCAUGACGCCGUCCACCAAACUGGCCAUCGGGCUGCCACUGAGUCUGCUGAGCCUCUGCUUCGCCCUGACCGUCAUGUGGCUCAGGUACCAGAAACGUCGGCUGCUGUGGGACGAAAGCUGGAUUAUCGACUUUGACCUCAUCAAACAAGAUCAGGACGCGCGUAUGACCAUGGGCAGCAUGAUGAGCGUGGCGGUGGCGCACAGCGACAGCAACGCCAGCUGUCUGACGACCCUCACUUCCUGUGCAGGCCAAGCAGGAAGCAGGAAGACAACCUUCACCUGCACAGGCAUCUAUGACGGCAGGAUGGUGGCCAUCAAGAAGAUUGACAGCAAGUCCUUCUCUCUGUCCAAAACUAUUAGACAGGAAGUCAAACAAGUCAGGGAGUUGGACCACCCAAACUUGUGUAAGUUCAUCGGCGGCUGCGUGGAAGUGCCAAACGUCGCCAUCGUGACUGAAUACUGCCCCAAAGGAAGCCUUAACGACGUCCUUCUUAACGAGGAGAUCCCACUCAACUGGGGCUUUAGGUUCUCCUUCGCCACAGACAUCGCCAAAGGAAUGACAUACCUUCACCAGCAUCGCAUCUGUCAUGGCCGCCUUAGGUCUGUCAACUGUGUCCUGGACGACCGCUGGGUGUGCAAGAUCACCGAUUACGGGCUGAGGGUGUAUCGCAGGGAGGAUGGGGCGGAGCUUCUCACCGCCUAUCGCCAGAGACUGCAGGAAGUGUACAUGCCUCCUGAGUUUCCCAAUGCCAACGUGGAGCCCACCUUGGCUGGAGAUGUGUUCAGUUACUCCAUUAUCCUGCUAGAGAUCGCCACACGCAGCGACCCCGUGCCUGUGGACGAUUCCUGUCUGGAGGGUUCAUGGUGUCCACCUCUGCCCGAGCUCAUCUCCUGCAAAGCCGACAACACCUGUCCGUGUCCUGCCGACUAUGUGGAGCUCAUCCGGCGAUGUGGCGCUCACAAUCCCGCCCAGCGACCCACCUUUGAACAAAUCAGGAAGUUUGUCUAUCGCAUAAACCCCAACAAAGUCAGCCCAGUGGACAUGAUGAUGAACCUGAUGGAGAAGUACAGCAAACAUCUGGAGGUGCUGGUGGCCGAACGAACACAAGAUCUGAUGCACGAGAAGCAGAAGACCGACAGACUUCUUUACAGUAUGCUCCCUCGCCAGGUGGCUGACGACCUCCGACAAGGAAAGCAAUCGCAGGCUCAGAGCUAUGUCAGCGCCACCGUCUUCUUCAGUGACAUUGUGGGCUUUACACAGCUGUCCAGCAGCAGUACUCCUUACCAGGUGGUGGACUUCCUCAACAAGCUCUACACCACCUUCGAUGACAUCAUCGACAACUACGACGUCUACAAGGUGGAAACCAUCGGAGACGCUUACAUGGUGGUGUCGGGCGUUCCAAGCGAGAACGGCAUCCUUCACGCCGCCGAGAUCGCCAGCAUGGCAUUGGAUCUGGUGGGCGUGUGUGGCACCUUCAACAUUCCUCACAAGCCCAACACACAACUCCAGAUCCGAGCCGGCAUACACGCAGGUCCUGUGGUGGCGGGGGUGGUGGGCACCAAGAUGCCUCGCUACUGUCUGUUUGGAGACACCGUCAACACGGCGUCCCGAAUGGAGUCCACCAGCCUGGCACUGAAGGUCCAGUGCAGUGUGAGCGUCUUUUACCUGCUGGAGGAGAUCGGCGGCUACGUGUUGACAUGCAGAGGAACGCUGCAGGUCAAGGGGAAAGGUGACAUGGUGACCUACUGGCUGGACGGGAAGACGUCUGACAUCAAGCCCGCUAAAAGCGUCACCUUGGAGACAUCCAAAGAGCUAGCCUUGUCGCUGCCAGGCUCGCUCAACCGCGACCUUUAAACCACCGCCACCUAGCUGUUAGCAGUGAGCAUUAGGACAGGCUUACACAUGCAUAAGCGCCCUCAAACUGUAACAUUGACCAUGAUUUGAGGGCAACAAGAUGGCUGACAGACGGUCCUGAUCAUCAUUAUGUCCAUUUUUGUUUCUACUGAGAGUUUUGUAAUGCUGAUAAUAACAAUAAUCAUCAUAAUACUGUCACUUAUUGUACUUCCUAGUGUUGUAAUAAUGAACAUUAUUUUUAUUUCCUUCAAGUUAAACACGGUGGGUCUCAUUUACUAAGAUACAAAUACAACAUGCUAAAUAACGUGUGCAAACUAUAAAAUUGUGUGUACUAUUAGUGGGCGUGUUGCAGGUGAUCUACUAACACUACAUGUACAAUUGAUAACAAGUGCAAAAGUAGUGCAGACCGCCCUAUUUAAAUGUGGAUUUUGCGUGUGCGAGCAGCAGUCACCAUAGAGACACUCAUUUCCCUCCACAUUAAUAACGUCAUAGGCUCCAAUGGUCCAACCUGUGUUGUUUUAUGUUGUGGAAUAUGCAGCACACACUGCCUUUUCUGGGCAAAAUUCUGUGGAAGUGUAAUCUAAACACAACGGAUCCUAAUUUUAGCACGCCAAAUUUGCGCUCUCUGUUGUGAUUAUACGCCUGGAAUGGCCCAGAAAAUUAUGCAAGAAUCCAUGAAAAUGCAUAUUGCAAAAAGUUUCUUCAUGUAGGAAAUAUAUUGAUAACAUAACUCCAAUUUGAAAAUAAAUUAACGCCAUAAAAAAAUGUAAAUGCCAGCAAACACCAAAACGAAUCAAUUGAAUAUGAUUUGAUCAUCCGCUUAAGUCAUCCAACAACUCUAAAAUUAUAAAAAGAUAUUGCUGAAUAGACAAUGUGUCUAAUAUAUUUUAUUUCUAAAAGGGGUGUCAAAAAAAAAGUUGAUUUUCAGAAUUGUGAUUGAUUCUUAUUUGUGCAGGUAAUCAUAAAACUGGCAUCCAAUGCAAUUAAAAAAGUAUAGAUUUUGAAUUGAGAAUUGUUUUGAAUCAAGAAUCGAUUCUGAAUCAAAUCAUUACCCCCGAGAUUCGAAUCAAAUCGAAUCAUGUGGUGCCCAAAGAUUCACAGCCCUAUUAAAUAUGUUGACACACAUAUAAAACUAAGGAUUAUCUGUUCACCGUCUGUCUUUGCAGCCUCCUUUCUCAUAUCCAUUUGUGCGUAGGUGUGCGAGUUUGUGAGCACAUUUCAAACGUGCUAAAAAUGGACACAAAACAGUGGCCGCAGAACAGCUUUUGUCCUGAUAAAUCACAUUGAGAGUGCUAAAUGAUUAUAUUUGCAUCUCCCCCUCCUAGUAUUGUGGGUGUUCUGAUAAUGGUAAAUGGUAAAUGGGUUGUACUUGUAUAGCGCUUUUCUACCUUUUUUAAGGAACUCAAAGCGCUUUGACACUAUUUUCCACAUUCACCCAUUCACACACACACAUUCACACACUGAUGGCGGGAGCUGCCAUGCACGGCGCUAACCAGGCCCAUCAGGAGCAAGGGUGAAGUAUCUUGCUCAAGUACACAACGGACGUGACUAGGAUGGUAGAAGGUGGGGAUUGAACCAGUAACCCUCAGAUUGCUGGCACGGCCACUCUCCCAACUUCGC